GUGCUGCGUCCGUCGGUUUCACUUUUGGGUCUGGGCACCAGCAGACUGUGUGCUCCCUCCGUUGCUCCCGGGCACAGCCAGCGCGAACCCGGCCCAAGGUGGCCUCGCCUCACUUCGUGGGCCUGGAGCCUGGGCGCCACUGUCACGGGCGCAAUGCCUGACCCCCAUGUGCCCUCCUCAGGAGCAUGGCGUCGGCCUUCGAGGGGGUGGUCAGGAGCGUGGUCCGGGAGCUGGACCGCAGCAGAGAGCUCAUCCCGGUGGACAGCCUGCGGACCUCCACCAGCUACCAGCCCUACUGCCUUGUGGGCAGGAAGCCCUCCAGCUCAUGGUUCUGGAGACCCCGCUACACGUGUGUCAACCUGUCCAUCAAGGACAUCCUGGAGCCCGAUGCCCCGGAACCAGCUGUCGAACGCGUUGGCCCCUUCCACUUCCACGACACCAUGGACGGGCAGCUGCAGGGCAGCGUGGAGCUGGCAGCCCUGGGACAGGGAAAGUUAGCAGGAGGAGCCAUGGUGUCUGGCAGCUCCAGUGCCUCCAUGAAUGUGUGCACACUGCGUGUGGCCCCCAACACCUGGGUGGCCCUGCUCCAAGAGAGGCGCCUGCGGCAGCCCGAACACAAAGUCCUACAGCAGCUGCGGAGGCGUGGAGACGACGUGUUCGUGGUGACCGAGGUGCUGCAGACGCAGACGGAGAUGGAGGUCACCCGGACCCACAAGCAGGAGGGCUCAGGCCAGUUCGCGCUGCCCGGAGCCAUAUCCUUGCAGGGCAAGGGCCAGGGCCACCUGAGCCGGAAGAAGACGGUCACCAUCCCCUCGGGCAGUAUCCUGGCCUUUCGGGUGGCCCAGCUGGUUAUUGACCCUGACUGGGACAUCCUCCUCAUCCCAAAUAAGAAGCAGAGGACCUUCGCGCCGCCCCAGGCAGGCAGCACGCGGGAGUCCUCCAGCUUCUCCGUGAUGAAGGACCUCUAUGACCGCCUCAAGUUCCUGUCAGACGGGCCCACUGAGAACUGCCUGGUGCCCACUGAAGACUUCCAGGGCCUGCAGGUGGAGGUAAAGGCCUGGGCCAGCGCCCUGGAGAACGGGUCCGCGACGCUGUGUGGGCAGCUGCUGGGGGGCCUGGGGCAGGUGCUGCGGGAUGAGCCGGCCUUGCAGGCCCUGGAGGAGUCGCUGGAACAGGGCCUGUGCUCCGGGCGGGCGGAGCCUCUGCACGGUCCGGCGGGCGCCGUCCUCGAGUGCCUGGUGCUCCACUGCAGGACGCUGGUAGAGGAGUUGGCCAGGCCUGUCUUCUACUUGCUGGAAGCGUUGGCUGCCCUGAGUGAGACCCAGCACAUGCUGCUGGCCGAAGUGCUGGAAACCGGGGCCCUGCCGGAGUCGGUCGAGCUGGUGGAGACCCUUCUGGAGCAGAGCACCCCAUGGCAGGAGCGGGAGGCCAUAUCCCUGUCACCCAGGCUCCUGGGGAGCAACUGGGGCUCCGAGGCGCCCGCCUGGGUCCUGCUGGAGGAGUGUGGCCUAAAGCUGCAGGUGGGUGCCCCCCAGGUGUGCUGGGAGCCAGAAGCCCAGGGCCCCACGUGUGCACUCUACGCCUGCCUGGCCCUACUGCUGAAGCUGAGCCAGCUGCGCUAGCCUGCAGACCCGCGCAUGGGGGUGUCCGUGCCCACCGAGCUGCCCGCCGGGGAAGGGCGAAGCCAGCCCUGCCAAGUGCCCAGCUCACCACAGGGCUCGGGAACCAGGGAACUCAAUAAAUAAGACACAGAAUGCGAA